AUGAUUGUUCUAGAAUGGCUAUUCCUCACAAUUGCUCCUUGUGAUGCAGCGGAACCAUGGCAAUUAGGAUCUCAAGACGCAGCAACACCUAUGAUGCAAGGAAUAAUAGACUUACAUCACGAUAUCUUUUUCUUUCUCAUUCAGAUUUUGGUUUUCGUAUCAUGGAUCUUGGUUCGCACUUUAUGGCAUUUCCACUAUAAAAAAAAUCCAAUCCCGCAAAGGAUUGUUCAUGGAACUACUAUCGAGAUUCUUUGGACUAUAUUUCCUAGUAUCAUCCUGAUGUUCAUUGCUAUACCAUCAUUUGCUCUAUUAUAUUCAAUGGACGAGGUAGUAGUAGAUCCGGCCAUUACUAUCAAAGCUAUUGGACAUCAAUGGUAUCGGAGUGCGCCCCUUCACGAGGGUGAUUUAAGUGCAACGAAAUGCCUUAAAGUUGAAUAGGGUUCGCGAAGUAUCUGGCUUACUGGUAAUCUCCCAUUCCCGCCGUCGAGAGACUUUAAUAACUAUAGCAUGCCAGAAACGGGGAGUUGAGGUGGUUAGACUUAUACCCCGAAAUGCUCCCAGCAUAGGAGCCUAUGGUUCCAUUAUGGUUGUUGCUGGAGGUACACAUCCCUCUUCUCGGUGUGGAACGAUAUACGAGAAAUAGAUGCUCAGCCUGCAAUGUCCGAUAACGGCGCUGAAGUAGUGAAUCUAUCGGCACCAUAGCAGUGGCAUACAACUUUGGACCUAACGGCCAGCCUAGUAACCUUUCGGAAUGGGGGAUCCCCGUUGGCAACAACCACGGUAGUAGUUGCGGAACUACUGGGCCGGGAGAGGACACCCUGUUGUUCCUGCUCCUCUUUCUUCGCUUCGGGGACGGAGGUCCUACGGUAGGUAACAGCAGGCACAAGCAACUUGACCGAAGGGGACCAGCGCUUCUACUCCUCCACCGAGGACAGCGAGAAGGAAGGGAUGUCGUGAACGGUGAGAGGUCACAGAGAAUUUACCUAUACCUAUUCAUAGAGUGAUCCUAUGAUCGAUACAGGAUAUAGACUAUCCCUUUCUUUAUUCUAUUCUUUUUUCUGAAAAAAAAAGAUGAGCCUUUACUAGGUUGGGGCUAUGAAGCUUACCUUAUUAUUAGAGAAAGGGAGAAUGGAAACUGGGAUCAAACGGAGACAUAAAAAAAAUGAAAAGAAGGGUGACUCCACUUCUCAACUAGAGUUGGGGGUGAGACCUGUUGGCAUAAUGCACGCUGGAACGUGGGAAUUCGCUUUCCGUGGUGAACUGGUCGUUCCAUACCUUCUGCCUGUCUGAUAUGUGUGGAACCAAACCAGGGCUUUUUCGGUUCCAGCCUCCCCCUCAAAUACAUAGUCUAGGUAGGGCUGGGUGAGAAAGGGUUCCCUGUUGCCAAUAAACUUUCCCCAGCCUUUGAUUUGAUUACCCUUACUCAUAAAGGGUUUUACGGCCGGGAGAACUAAAGAAAAAUAGUGUUCUUUCUAAGAGUAGGCGUGGAGAGCUUUUUGCGAGGAAACUUGCAAGUCAAGUUUGGGGGGAGGCGGGCGUCGACCCAACCUUAUGAGUAUUCGGACUAUAACAGUUCCGAUGAACAGUCACUCACUUUUGACAGUUAUAUGAUUCCAGAAGAUGAUCCAGAAUUGGGUCAAUCACGUUUAUUAGAAGUUGACAAUAGAGUGGUUGUACCAGCCAAAACUCAUUUACGUAUUAUUGUAACAUCUGCUGAUGUACUUCAUAGUUGGGCUGUACCUUCCUUAGGUGUCAAAUGUGAUGCUGUACCUGGUCGUUUAAAUCAGACCUCUAUUUUGGUACAACGGGAAGGAGUUUACUAUGGUCAGUGCAGUGAGAUUUGUGGAACUAAUCAUGCCUUUAUGCCUAUCGUCGUAGAAGCUGUUGAUAGGAAAGAUUAUGGUUCUCGGGUAGAAAAUCAACUAAUCCCACAAACCGAACAAGCUUAA